AUGUCGAAGUCAAAGUCGUUCUUCAACAAGCCGUACAGCAGGCACAUUGGCGCAACAACGCUGCUUCUCGCCUGCGUUCUCUCCUUAAUCUUCGUCGUCAUCGGCACACCGCUCGGCGUGCUCAAGAUGAAGGACCCACCGUACAGCUGCUACACACUGUGGGGUACGCGCCCGUGCAACAGCCCCAACUACGACGACCGCGUUGAGUGGGACCCGUGCACCGCCCGGCGUCACCGCUUCGAGUUCGGGGAGGCGUGCAGCAUACUCUCCAUGGCCUUCUUCGUCGCGAAUUUCAUCGCCUGCUGGUACUGCAUCGGUGGCGCCGACAUUAAAUGGUGGAUCGUCGGCAUCUCGGUGUUUAGCAUCGCCUCGUGCACAGUGCCGUGGGCGGUGGUGGCAUCCAUCUACCACGUGGAGUUCUGCGGUAGUGGAAAGUACACACAUAUGAACACCAAAUACGACGCCGGUUUCGCGCUGCUCGUUACGGGUUUCGUCGUGCAGUGCGUCGGCGUCAUUGCGUUCGUGGUGCUGGAGAAGCGCCCCGAAUCGUGGGAGUCGGGGGGCGGCAGGAAGAACGGGCGGCGCGAGGAUGACGAGGAGAACAACACACCGACCGCGUAUUAA